GCGUCGGGAGUGUGGCUGCGGUUGGGUUUUGUGACCAUGUCUCUGCAGGCUGAUUUUGAUAGAAUCGCCGAAGAUGUGAAGAAGAUGAAAACAAGGCCAAAUGACGGAGAACUGAAAGAACUCUAUGGGCUCUACAAACAAUCUGUAGUUGGCGACAUUAAUAUUGAGUGUCCAGGAAUAUUAGAUUUAAAAGGCAAGGCUAAAUGGGAAGCAUGGAACCUCCAAAAAGGGUUAUCGAAGGAAGAUGCCAUGAGUGCGUACAUUGCUAAAGCAAAAGAGCUGAUAGAAAAAUACGGAAUUUAAAAUUCGGCUAUGAGAAAGUUUUUCUUUUGAAACCUUCAUAACGCUAUCAUGACCUAACAUCUGGAUAAGAAAUGCACGGUUAACUCUACAUGUCGUGAAUAUUUUUGCCAUUAACAUGAAUUGUAAUCCUUAAUUAGUGGUACACUGAAACUGUGUUAUGUAAUGAAAUUUUACUUGCCUAAACCAGGUGAUUGUAAAAGUUCUUUUAAAAAAAUUUUUUUGCUCCAGUAGUAUGUGCACAAAAACAUUAACAAUUUUUUUUUUUGGCUUACCAGUUUUUCUACAGAGAGUUAACAUUAUUGGUGUAUAAUCAAAACAGUUUAUUAAGAACGAGUAACAAGGUUUUUCCUUUGUUGCACCGUGUAGCUUUGGGAUUCUCACUGACCUGGGGCCUUCGUCAACCAUAGACAUCUGUGGUUCUUGUCCUUACUCUGUAAUUCUUUACUAGGUGACUGAGGCAAAUUAUGUAACCUCGCUAAUCAGCCUCCUCUAUAGAGUAGGGGGAAAAUCAGUCUCACAGGGUUGUAAGAACUGAAUGAGGAAACUGUAAUCAUCAUAUUUUAGUUUAAAGCACACGUUCUGAAAAGCCUAACAACAAAUAAGCUAAAAAUUUUAAAAAGAAACUUAUGAGUCGAUGACUAUUCAAAGAAA